ACUGCGCAGGCGCAAACCAACAGCCACUUCCGGGCUCCAGAGCCGCAUUUUGCAAACAGGGAAAAUCCAGCUGAGGUUUCCCGGCGUGAGAAUGGCUACCUACAGCCUGGCGAACGAGCGACUACGCGCCCUGGAAGAUAUCGAACGGGAAAUCGGCGCCAUCCUCCAGAAUGCAGGUUCGGGAUGCGACGAUCGGACGGCAGGGAGCAAGAGUGAGGCCGAGCCGCGUGCAUCUGCGCGGACCGGAGAGUGGGGUAAUGUGAUCCUGGAACUGUCCAAGGAAAAAACCAAUGAGCGGCUCCUGGACCGGCAGGCGGCGGCGUUCACGGCUUCCGUGCAACACGUGGAGGCGGAGCUGUCGGCUCAGAUCCGCUACCUCACUCAGGUGGCCACAGGGCAGCCCCAUGAAGGCUCCAGCUACUCUUCGAGGAAGGACUGUCAGAUGGCCCUGAAGCGAGUGGACUAUGCCCGCCUCAAGCUCAGUGAUGUGGCCCGCACCUGUGAGCAGAUGCUGGAAAAUUAGACCAAGGACGUGGAGCAACAGCUUGGAGGGAGAUCACCACUUGCACCCCAGGACAGAACCUGGAGAUCUGAAGGGAUGGGGAUGAAUGGGGUGCCGGGGCUGACGCUUCCAUGCCCUUCUGGUCAGAGUCUACCAUGACAAAGGGGGAAAAGGCGAGAAUGGAGAAACCAAAGACCAAGUCGUCCAGCACUACGACCUGGCUCCUCCAGCACGACGCCCCUGCUCUGCACUUCCUAAAACUGCGGACGAGCUCAGACGCCAUAGAGACUGAGACAGCCAACCCACUUCCUCACACACUUCGUGCCCUUGCCCCAGGCUUCCCACAGACUAGACCCAAUGAAUACGCAUUUUUCUUCAUUAGGAAAGAUGAAACAACAACUAAGGGUUUUAAUAAUUAAAAAUAAUAACAAAAACAAGGAGAUCAGACUGUCAUUGGGGCAUAUGAGUGAUGCGAAAGUCUGAGGAAGUGAAACCAGACUGUAUGGUGUCAGCAGCUCAGCAGCAAGGGAAGGAGGGUUGGAAAUCCCAGCUCUUCACUGGAGGGCCUGGGGAGGAAGGGGGAGAGGGCUGAGGUUGGGGAGGAACAGCUGACACAGUGUGAGGAGAGAUUUGGGGUAAGGGGGAACCAUCAGCAGGGAAGCUGAAGCCAGGAAUCAUGGUAGGGGGCAAAGACCUGAGCCCAAUGUCUGCAGAAAGAAGAGUCGAUAAUUAUAAAAAUAAAAUUUUAGUAGUUAAAAAAAAAAAUAGGAUUUAUGUGUGAUACCAUUACCUGGCAUAAAAGGGGGAUUUUACAUUAUAGCAUUAAAAAAAAAAAAAGAGGAAUCUAAGAGAGAGUAGCGGCUUGCCUACCAUGUG